GCCCCGCCUCUUCCGGGCUCCACGGCGGGCUCGCUUUCGAGAACCUCUGGACCCGGGAUCGUGGAUUCCACGUGCGUAUUGCUAUCACGCGUCAGUCCUGACACCUUGUCUGCCACACCCUUUCGCCACCCUCUCCAGGAACCUAACUCCUCUCUCCAGUACGGGACACCUGCAGAGAUGCCCUCAGUCCUUCACUUCUAUGUCCGUCCCUCUGGCCAUGAGAGGGCGGCCUCUGGACACACUCGGAGGAAGCUGCAAGGGAAAUUGCCAGAGCUGCAGGCUGUCGAGACCGAGCUGUGCUACAACGUGAACUGGACAGCGGACUCCCUCCCAAGCGCCGAGGAGAUGAAGAAGCUCACGUGGCUCUUUGGCUGCCCCUUGUUACUGGGUGAUGUUGCCCAGGAGUCCUGGCUCCGUUCUGACUCCAGCGACCUACUGCUGGAGGUCGGGCCCAGGCUGAACUUCUCCACCCCAGCCUCUACCAAUAUCGUGUCCGUCUGCUGGGCUGCGGGGCUGGGGGCCGUGGAUCGCGUGGAGACUACCCGGCGCUACCUGCUCUCGUUUGCCAAGCCCCCUUCCUCUGAGACGAAGACCUUGGCUCUGGCUACCCUGCAUGACCGGAUGACAGAGCAGCACUUCCCGCGGCCCAUCCAGAGCUUCUCCCUUCGGAGUAUGUCAGCGCCUCUCAACGGCCAGAUCGACAUCCUGGCAGAGGGCCGGCGUGCCCUGGAAAAAGCCAACCAGGAACUAGGCCUGGCCCUAGACUCCUGGGACCUGGAUUUCUACACCAAACGCUUCCAGGAGCUAAAGCGGAACCCCAGCACCGUGGAGGCCUUCGACCUGGCUCAGUCCAAUAGCGAGCACAGCCGACACUGGUUCUUCAAGGGCCAGCUCCACAUGGAUGGGCAGGAGAUGACGCACUCCCUGUUUGAGGCCAUCAUGAGCACUCAGGCGUCCUCGAACCCCAACAACGUCCUCAAGUUCUGUGACAACAGCAGUGCAAUCCAAGGGAAGGAAGUCCGAUUCCUACAGCCCGAGGACCCCACGCGACCAAGCUGCUUCCGGCAGCAGCGGGCGCUGAGACAUGUCGUCUUCACGGCGGAGACCCACAACUUCCCCACAGGAGUAGCCCCCUUCAGUGGGGCGACCACAGGCACCGGGGGCCGGAUCCGAGAUGUCCAGUGCACGGGCCGUGGCGCCCACGUGGUGGCUGGGACUGCUGGCUACUGCUUUGGAAACCUGCACAUCCCAGGUUACAAUUUGCCCUGGGAGGACCCAAGCUUCCAGUAUCCUGAGAACUUUGCCCGACCCCUGGAGAUCGCCAUUGAGGCCAGUAAUGGGGCUUCUGAUUACGGCAACAAGUUCGGGGAGCCAGUGCUGGCCGGCUUCGCCCGCUCCUUGGGCCUCCAGCUCCCGGACGGCCAGCGGCGUGAGUGGAUCAAACCCAUCAUGUUUAGUGGGGGCAUUGGGUCCAUGGAGGCUGAGCAUGUGAGCAAGGAGCCCCCAGAGCCAGGCAUGGACGUUGUAAAGGUUGGGGGUCCCGUCUACAGGAUCGGAGUCGGGGGUGGAGCCGCCUCGUCUGUGCAGGUGCAGGGAGACAAUUCCAGUGACCUGGACUUUGGGGCUGUGCAGCGGGGAGACCCGGAGAUGGAACAGAAGAUGAACCGUGUGAUCCGGGCUUGCGUGGAGGCCGCCAGGGGGAACCCCAUCUGCAGCCUCCACGACCAGGGUGCCGGUGGCAAUGGCAACGUCCUGAAGGAACUGAGUGACCCGGCUGGAGCUGUCAUUUACACCAGCCGCUUCCAGCUCGGGGACCCGACCCUGAAUGCCCUGGAAAUCUGGGGGGCCGAGUACCAGGAGUCGAAUGCUCUUCUGCUGAGGCCCGUGGACCGAGACUUCCUCAGUCAUGUCAGCGCCCGGGAGCGCUGCCCAGCUUGCUUUGUGGGCACCAUUACGGGAGACAGGAGGAUCGUGCUGGUGGACGAUCGCGACUGUCCCGUCGGAAGAAAUGGCGAAGGGGACGCCCCCUCGCCCCCGACCCCUGUGGACCUGGAGCUGGAUUGGGUGCUGGGCAAGAUGCCUCGGAAGGAGUUCUUCCUGCAGCGGAGUCUCCCCAUGCUGCGGCCUCUGGCCUUGCCCCCGGGGCUGAGUGUGCGCCAGGCUCUGGAGCGCGUCCUGAGGCUGCCUGCUGUGGCCAGCAAGCGAUACCUCACCAACAAGGUGGACCGCUCCGUGGGCGGCCUGGUGGCGCAGCAGCAGUGCGUUGGGCCCCUGCAGACCCCUCUGGCCGACGUGGCGGUUGUGGCAUUGAGUCACCAGGAGCUCGUAGGGGCUGCCACCGCUCUAGGAGAGCAGCCGGUCAAAAGCCUGCUGGACCCCAAGGUUGCCGCCCGACUGGCUGUGGCCGAAGCCCUCACCAACCUGGUGUUUGCUCUGGUCACCGACCUCCGGGACGUGAAGUGCAGCGGGAACUGGAUGUGGGCGGCCAAGCUCCCGGGGGAGGGCGCGGCUCUGGCCGACGCCUGCGCGGCGAUGGUGGCGGUGAUGGCGGCCUUGGGUGUGGCGGUGGACGGUGGCAAGGACUCCCUCAGCAUGGCCGCCCGGGUCGGCUCUGAGACCGUGCGGGCCCCCGGGUCGCUGGUCAUCUCGGCCUAUGCUGUCUGUCCGGACAUCACAGCCACCGUGACCCCGGACCUCAAGCGUCCUGGGGGCAGAGGCCGGCUGCUGUUCGUGCCUCUGAGCCCCGGGCAGCACCGGCUGGGGGGCACAGCCCUGGCCCAGUGCUUCUCGCAGCUGGGCGAGCAGCCCCCGAACCUGGACCUUCCCGAGAACCUGGUGCGUGCCUUCCGCAUCACACAGGGGCUGCUGCGAGACCGUCUCCUCUGCUCAGGCCACGAUGUCAGUGACGGGGGCCUCGUCACCUGCCUGCUAGAGAUGGCCUUUGCUGGGAAUUGUGGGAUAGAGGUGGACGUGCCUGCCCCUGGGGUCGAUGCGCUGCCUGCAUUGUUCGCUGAGGAGCCGGGCCUGGUGCUGGAGGUGCGGGGGCCCGACCUGGCCCAGGUGCUGAAGCGCUACCGGGACGCCGGCCUGUACUGCCUGGAGCUGGGCGCCACGGGCGACGCCGGGCCCCACGCCCUGGUGCGAGUGUCCGUGAACGGGGCUGUGGUUCUGGAAGAGUCUGUGAGGCAGCUGCGAGCCCUCUGGGAGGAGACGAGUUUCCAGCUGGACCGGCUGCAGGCCGAGCCGCGCUGUGUGGCGGAGGAAGAGCAGGGGCUCAGGGAGCGGACGGGGCCCACUUACCGCCUGCCCCCAGGCUUCCCCAAAGCUUCCGUGCCCCGAGAGCCUGGCGGUCCCAUUCCCCGAGUUGCCAUCUUGCGAGAGGAGGGCAGUAACGGAGACCGCGAGAUGGCGGACGGCUUCCACUUGGCCGGGUUCGAGGUGUGGGAUGUGACCAUGCAGGACCUCUGCUCUGGGGCGAUCGGUCUGGACACGUUCCGCGGCGUGGCCUUCGUGGGCGGCUUCAGCUAUGCGGAUGUCCUGGGCUCUGCCAAAGGGUGGGCCGCUGCUGUGACCUUCCACCCGCUAGCUGGGGCUGAACUGAGACGUUUCCGAAAGCGGCCCGACACCUUCAGCCUGGGCGUGUGUAAUGGCUGUCAGUUGCUGGCUCUGCUGGGCUGGGUAGGAGGUAGCCCCAGCGAGGAGGCAGAGGGGACAGGCCAGGACUCCUGGCCGGCCCAGCCGGGCCUCCUGCUUCGCCACAACCUGUCUGGGCGCUUUGAGUCCCGCUGGGCCAGUGUGCGGGUGGGUCCUGGGCCGGCCCUGAUGCUUCGAGGGAUGGAAGGAGCUGUGCUACCCGUGUGGAGCGCUCAUGGCGAAGGUUACAUGGCUUUUUCUUCUCCGGAACUCCAAGCCCAGAUUGAGGCCAGGGGCUUGGCUCCGCUGCACUGGGCCGACGACGACGGGAACCCUACAGAACAGUAUCCCCUGAACCCCAAUGGGUCCCCAGGGGGCGUGGCUGGUGUCUGCUCCCUCGAUGGCCGCCACCUGGCCCUCAUGCCUCACCCUGAGCGGGCUGUGCGGCUUUGGCAGUGGGCGUGGCAGCCUCCUCCCUUUGACACUCUGAGUACCUCCCCCUGGCUCCAGCUCUUCAUCAACGCCCGAAACUGGACCCGGGAGGGGGGCUGCUGAGCAGGGGGGCGUCGUGGGGGGCACCCGGGCCCAACGGUCUCAGCCUGCCCCAUCCCCAUCUUCAGAA